AUGUCGUCUAUUAAUCCAAUCGAUGCCAUGGAUCUGGACGGCCCGUAUGUCUCGGACCAGAAACAUCCUGGUUGCAUAGAUUUUGGUUAUUUCCUCCGUUUGAAAGCAUUCUUUGAGCACAAGUCGUCUGAGGAGAUGUCUGUAUUACUAGCGGGGAAUAUCAUGGUUCGCCCCGUCAAACCAUUUUCCUACGUACAAACUAGGCAGAUUCGAGGCAAAUAUGGCGUGGAUAGAUUAUCCGAGAUGCCCAAUGAAAUACUCCUCAUGAUUCUAUCGCAUGUUCCUUCAAUGUCAGAUUUCAGAAGGGUCGCAAAUCUAUCACGGAGAUUUCAUAAUAGGUUUGGUCAAGAAUUGUAUCUCGAGUUCGGUCGAAAAUUCGACUGGCUUCCUCUUUUUGUCGGUGCAAUGAGGGGCGAUAUCAAGCUUUUAGAACGCUGCCUGGGUCAUGGUGCUCCAAUAGACCAAGUCUGUACCAGCGACCAAGUCUGCUACACCACUCCUUUUUCAACCAGUGAUAAGAUCGAUUGUUGGAACUUGGUGUAUCCAUUCCAUCGUCCCAUUCAUAUGGCCAUUACCCACAGGCAACUCGAUACUCUUCGUAUACUUUGCGAUUCUUUUGAAAUAUGGAGCGGAAUCAAAACAGCUCUGCAGGCAUCGUCAUGUCGACCAUACCUGCAGUCUGGACUCUUCCCACUUCAAAUUUCAGCCUAA